AAAAGGUUAUAGGAGUAAGACUUCUUUGUUAAGUCUACUAUUGUUGAACAAGUGAGAAAAAGCAGAAAGAUUCACCAAGACAUACAAUAUCUUUUCUCAUCUCUCUCUACUAGUUUUCAUGUCAAUUAAGGGUGUUGUUGAAUAUUCUGAAAUGGCUAGUCUUAGCUACUAUGCUGCUUCAAAGUUGGAACCAAAUGUUCAAGAAUUCAACUCAGGAGAAAUGAAUAUGCAGAAGCAGCUUCCUGCAGAGCUUCUUUUUGAUUUCAACUAUGAUUUUGGACAAAACUUUUAUGUUGAAAAUCCAGAUGAAGCUUGUUAUUUUGAUCCAUUUUUCGACCCAGACGAGUUUAUUUUGCCAGUUGAAACUAUUGACAAUUCUUGUUUCAUGCCAGAGUUCUCUGAUCUUGAGAGUACCCCAAAACGACAAAAGGUCUUCCAAGACAACUUCCUUCCAGAAAAUGUCAGAACGCCGUCUCAUAAUUCUUGUUUCAUGUCAGAGUACUCCGAUUUUGAGAGUACCCCAAAACGUCAAAAGGUCUUUCAAGACAACUGUCUUCCAAAUAAUACAAUAACACCCUCUCAGAAUUCUACUUUCGUGCCAGAGUACUCUGUCUUUGAGAGCACCCCAAAACGACAAAAGGUCUUUCAAGACAACUGUAAUAACUUGUUCAAUUGGGGGUUUGUGCCACCAAAUCCUCCAAUCUUUCAAGAUUUCUCCUCGUAUUCGCUUCCUGAAAUUCCCGUGCCUGUUUUUAGUAGCGGGUGCUGCGACAAUAAUGCUGCAGUAGUCGCAAAGAAAGGUGGCAGUAGUACUUACAAUGAGAAAAAGAUGUCAGCACAGAGCAUCGCGGCGAGGCAGAGGAGGAAGAAAAUUACUGAGAAGACACAAGAAUUGGGGAAAUUGAUACCUGGUGGACACAGGAUGAAUACUGCUGAAAUGCUUCAAGCUACUUUCGAGUACAUUAAGUUCUUGCAAGCACAAGCUGGACUUCUUGAAUUCAUGGGAUCAUAUAAGGAGAAUGAGAAAUCAUUUGACACACCAGAUUUGCACAAACUAGUUGGAUCUUCCUUGAUUCAAGAGAAGUUGUAUUCAAGUGAGAAGUGCUUAGUUCCAAAAGGGUUCCUUGAAGCACUACAGAAUAAUCAAGAAUUCCAAAAUUCACAAGGCAUUGAGGAAAUCAAAUCUUUGAUUAAAUGAAUAAAUUAUUUUUUCAGCCAAAAAAUUAGAGAAUUUAGGAUUAGUUUAGUUUAGUUCAGUUUAAUUUCCUGUUGUUUGUUGUGUUAGCUCUUAGGUUAGCUAGCUAGCCAUGAUUUCAUUUGCAUUUUUUUUUUGUUUUGAAGUUCCUAGUAUUUAUUUUCUUAUUUAGGAUUUUAAUUCUGUAAAUUUCACUGUAAAUUCCUCAUUUACAAGGAAUUUAAUUCCAUGUGAAAUUGAUAUUUAUUCAGAGU